AUGCUCAUAAGUGCUACGAGCAAUGGUGGGCAGAUGCAUUGUGGAGACAUGGUUUCUAUUAUUGCUGAGCAUCUUGGCCUCUAUUUACCCAAUAACCCAACAAACAUAGUUAUGGGUCGUACUCGUCUAUCAAUUAAUUUUAUGGAAACAAUGCAUCUCUUCCACCGCCUUCCCACUGGGGAUGUUCAUUGGACAGUAGAUGGGAAAGAGUAUCUACGCAUAGACAGAAGAAACAAGAAGAUACUCAAUUUAGCCAAUGACAUUCCAUCAACCACGUGGAAACUCAGAUCCAACAUAGGCUUUACAGUAGAUCAUAGUCCUCCACCCUCUACUCCUCCUGCUCCUACUGCUGGUGCCUCUAGCUCAUCUUGCCCUAUUCUUUUUUCUGAACACAAUCUGUAUAUGGGCGAAUUUUCACGUUUGAACCAUCGUUACACCAAUCUACAACCAUGA